GAGAGCCACAAUCCGACUGCAAAUAGCAUAUAAGAGGAUUACCUCCAGGUUAGUUUUCCAUUAUUACCAUGAGUGAUAAAGCCGUUAGUAUUGCUACAGCCGAACAGGUGUCGCCCAUAUCGUCGGCAGAACCAAAAGCGUCUACUUUGGACAAGAUCAAAAGAGUAGUAUGGGACUCUUUAGAUAAGUCACCAGAAGAAAGAAAAUACGUUUUCAAAAUCGACUGCUGGAUUAUGACAUAUGUUUGUGUGUCAUACUUUGUCAAGUACUUGGACUCCACCAACGUGUCCAACGCCUAUGUGUCAGGAAUGAAAGAAGAUUUAAGUUUUGGAGGAAAACAGUAUAACUGGGUGUCAACCUGGUACACAAUCGGAUAUAUUAUUGGCCAGGUGCCUUCUCAAUACGCGAUCAACAAGAUUCGGCCUUCCAUUUGGUUGCCAACCAUGGAGAUUCUUUACGGGGCGUUUGUGAUGGCCACUGCCGGUGCUACCACGGUGCAUCAAGUAUACUGCUUCCGUUUUUUUGUGGGUUUGUUUGAAAGUACCGCGUACGUGGGGAUUAUGACACUUCUCUCAAACUUCUAUCUUCCUUCAGAGAUGGGAAAGAGAACAUGUAUCUUCCAAACCUCUUCGAGUGCUGCUCAGAUGUUCCUGGGAUAUUUACAAUCGGCUUUGUACAGCGGAAUGAACGGAAGAGGUGGCCUUGCAGCCUGGAGAUGGUUGUUCAUUUUCGACGGUGUUAUUACGUUCCCCGUUGCAUUUGUGGGAUAUUUCGCCAUUCCUGAUGAACCUUUUAGUUCAAAGGCCAAGUGGUUUAAUGAAAAAGAUAGACGGAUUGGUACUGAGAGAAUGAGGAAAGGAAAGAUUAACACCAAACCCAAGAUCAAAGUGUCCGAUCUUGUUGCAUUGAUCAGUGACUGGCCAUUCUGGAUCUUUAGUUUGGCUUUCACUGGCCAUGUGUUGGGAAUCAAGUUAUACUCUUAUAUGAAUUUGUGGCUUAAAUCAACUGGUGACUACUCGGUGCAACAGCUCAAUAAUCUUCCUACCGCUGGGUACGGAGCCCAGAUAUUCUUCACCUUGUGCUGGGCAUGGUUGUCUGAUGGUAUUGGCAAGCGUUGGCCGGUGGUGACGUUGGCCACGGUGCCUGCCAUUAUCGGAACAAUAAUUUUAUGGGUGUGGCCUGAGCAUAAUCGUGCUGCAUUGUUUGCUGGUUGGUAUCUCUUGUUCAUUGAAACAGGGGCUGGAGCUUUGUUCAUUUCCUGGAUCGCUGAGACGAUGAGUACAAAUGUUGAACAGAGAUACUUGUUGAUUGGAUUGGUAGAGACGGUUUCGUUCACGUUUAGUGCGUGGGUCCCCCUUUAUUUGUACCCAGCAGACGAGGCUCCAAGGUACAAAUACGCUUAUCCAUUAACUUUUAUGUUCUUUCUUAUUGAAGCUUUGUGUGCUCUCUCAAUUGCGUUGAUCCAACACUUAGAGAAGAAGGGAGUUCUCAAGAAUAAGCAUGAAUAUGAGGUAUAUGUGGAAGAUGACGAGCAGGAGAGCCAUCAAAUUACUGCAGAGAAGGAAAGUGUUUAGUUUUGUGAAUGAAAGUUAGUUAUGAUG